CUGGGAGCGGAAUGCGCAGCUGCGCGGGGACGCGGCUCGCCCCACCCCCGCCGCUGGUUCUAUUUUGUCAACUUCCCUGGGCGGGACAGAACUCAGAACCUGGUCUGCAACAUGCGGGCGGCGGGGCAGUUACUGAGGGCCUGUUCCCAGACGUGGAAGUCGGUGCGGAUGGCCAGCACCGGGGUGGAGCGCCGAAAACCGCUCGAGAAUAAGGUGGCACUAGUAACAGCCUCCACUGACGGGAUCGGCCUCGCCAUCGCCCGGCGUCUGGCCCAGGAUGGGGCCCACGUGGUGGUCAGCAGCCGGAAGCAGGAGAAUGUGGACCGGACAGUGGCAACACUGCAGGGGGAGGGGCUGAGCGUGACGGGCACCGUGUGCCACGUGGGGAAGGCCGAGGACCGGGAGCGACUGGUGGCCAUGGCUGUGAACCUUCACGGGGGCGUGGACAUCCUGGUCUCCAAUGCAGCCGUCAACCCAUUCUUUGGAAACAUCAUAGAUGCCACUGAGGAGGUGUGGGACAAGAUUCUGCACGUUAACGUGAAGGCCACAGUCCUGAUGACAAAGGCAGUGGUGCCGGAGAUGGAGAAACGAGGAGGCGGCUCAGUGUUGAUCGUGUCCUCCGUUGGAGCCUACCACCCAUUUCCCAAUCUGGGCCCUUACAAUGUUAGUAAAACAGCCUUGCUGGGCCUCACCAAGAACCUGGCCGUAGAGCUGGCCCCAAGGAACAUUAGGGUGAACUGCCUGGCGCCUGGACUCAUCAAGACUAACUUCAGCCAGGUGUUGUGGAUGGAUAAGGCAAGAAAGGAGUACAUGAAAGAAAGCUUGCGAAUCAGAAGGUUAGGCAAUCCAGAGGACUGUGCGGGCAUCGUGUCUUUCCUAUGCUCUGAAGAUGCCAGCUACAUCACUGGGGAGACAGUGGUAGUGGGUGGAGGGACCGCAUCCCGCCUCUGAGGACCUGGAGAGCAUCCACCAGGGCAGAGAUUGGGCUCCAGCUCCUGUUCCAGCAUUCAUCAACUGGUUUCCCACCUCUGCCUAGCAUUCUGCUCACAAUACACCAUAACCCCUACCCACCCCCCCCAAAUCAGUUCUGCCCUGUGAAAAGAGCCAGCGUCCUUGUCCUCUGCUGUCAAGCUGUGGUCUAAUGAGGAUUUUCCCUGUUGCUGUAGCCUUCAAUAAAGACCUCCCCUGAGAGCACAAGGUAGACCUGCUCAGAGGGCUGAGUCUACCUUAGCAAAGAUCAACUAA